UCUUAUGAGCGAAGGCAGAUAUGGCGUGUUCAUGCUGGAACAAAAAGCAUACACUUUUAUGACUCAACUGUGUUUCGGAUAUGUGAGACAGACUGCCCACACGGCUUCCCCCAUGUCUGUAAAAUGUGUGUCGCAGCAUAUGAAAAGGAUUGGACUCCACUUCAAACGCAGAUGUUUUUACAAGCACCACUGGAUUUCCUCAGAAUGACUCUGGAGAACUUUGUUAAAGAUGCGAUAAAGCGUUCUCUGUUCAUGGCUAUGAUUAAAAGAGAUGGGAAGAUUAGUGGACAAGACUUGGAGGAGGAUGAUAGCCUCGGUUAUGAAGGCAGAACAGCUGCUGAUGAUAUGGUUGGAUCUUACCUCAAGAAGGAAGGUGACACCUUCGUGUUUGAUCAUCCGUCUAUAUAUGACAGUGUUUCCUUUAUUCUCAGUACAAAGCUAUCGAAGUUUGUCAUCGAAAAUUGUAGUUUGUCCUUUAUAAAUCAACGACUUCGUCUUGCACCCUCCAUAGAAAAGAAAACAGUUGCCUGUGAGACAGGCGUGGUUGCAAACAUCUCGUGGACGUAUGCUGGACAUUUAGCAAGAAGAUUUGCAUCUGAAAUUGAACGGAGCAAUUUGUUAUAUGUUUUAUCACACCAGGCAUUUUGUAAUGCAGACUUUGUUGGCUUGCUAAUGGACUGCCUGAAGACCCGGUUUCACAUGCGUGCAUCUGAUAUUGUGAAACUAACUGAUAACUUAUCAAAGCAGUCAUUUUGUGAAGUACUGUCUAGCAGCAAGUCAGAUCAUCUCAUCAAAUAUAUUAUGGAGACAGAAAAUAUCUCAUUCACCCAGAGUGAAGGAAGGGACCUUUUACUGGGUGUGUGCAGGAAUGCUGCCUGCAGUGUACUGAAAUAUAUCAGUGGGCAUAUGGAACUUGACGUAAAUGCUAGAUACGGUAGGAGAAAGGUGACGCCGCUCAUGUUGGCAGCAAAAACCAGGGACAGUGUGUUUGUCAAUCAGAUUAUAUCUCUUCAUCCUGACCUGAAUGCAAGAGACCAGUUCGGUCAAAGUACGUUUUAUUAUCUUUGUGAAAGUGGCCUCACAUCAGCUGUGGCCCAUGCAAUUGACAUGGGAGUGGAAGUUAAUCAGGAUCAUGGGUCAGUUGGACACACUGUAUACCAUGCCAUAGAGGAAGGCCAUUUAGAGAUUGUGAAACUGUUGGUUAACAGAGGAUGUGAUAUAGAUAACCAGAAAGGUCUUGCAUGUGCUGCUAGUAGCCUAAACACGAACGUGGUACGUUAUUUUCUAGACAGAGGAGCAGUGAUUGACGGCAGUGUUGUGUGCAGAGCUUGUGUGGUCGGUAACGGGAAUAUAGUCGAGAUGCUGUUUGAGAAUGGUGCUACUGUUAAUACAGUGUUACCUAAUGGAGACACUCCUCUACUCAGUUCAUGUGACGGAAAGCCAACAGUUGUCUCGUGUUUGCUGACGAAAGGAGCAAGUGUCAAUCAAGCUUCAAAUGUUACAGGUGACACACCACUUCAUAGAGCAGCAGCAGAGUGGGGAUCUACAGAGUGUGUUGAUGCGUUGCUGAAGGCUAGAGCUGAUGUAAAUGUACAGAAUAAUACAGGUGACACACCACUUCAUAGAGCAGCAACAGCAGCAGCAGAACGAGGAUCUACAAAGUGUGUUGAGGUGUUACUGAAGGCUGGAGCUCAUGUUAAUGUUCAGAAUAACACAGGUGACACACCUCUUCACAGAGCAGCAAGAUGGGAAUCUGCAAAGUGUGUUGAUGUGUUACUGAAGGCUGGAGCUGAUAUCGAUGUGCAGAAUAAUACAGGUGACACAUCACGCCACACAGCAGCAAGAUGUGAAUCUACAGCGUGUUUUGAUGUGUUACUAAAGGCUGGAGCCGAUGUUAAUGUACAGAACAAUGCAGGUGCCACACUUCAUUAAGC